AUGUAUGAUGUCCAGGGUGGUUACCGUGCUGUCAUUUUCGACCGUAUUCAAGGUGUCAAGCCCACCUCAGUUGGCGAAGGCACUCACUUUUUGGUUCCUUGGCUUCAACGUGCAGUCCUGUUUGAUGUUCGUACCAAGCCUCGUAACAUCUCUACCACCACUGGUUCUAAAGAUAUGCAAAUGGUUUCCUUGACACUUCGUGUAUUGCACCGUCCUGAACUCAAGAAUUUAUCGACCAUUUAUCAAAACUUGGGUGAAGAUUAUGAUGAAAGAGUUUUACCAUCUAUUGGUAACGAAGUUUUGAAGUCUAUCGUUGCGCAAUUUGAUGCCUCUGAAUUGAUUACUCAACGUGAAGUUGUUUCUGCAAAGAUCCGUGAGGAGUUAUAUAAGCGUGCUAGAGAAUUCAACAUCGCCUUGGAAGAUGUAUCCAUUACACACAUGACCUUUGGUAAAGAGUUCACCAACGCCGUUGAACAAAAGCAAAUUGCCCAACAGGAAGCAGAACGUGCCAAAUUUGUUGUAGAACGUGCCGAACAGGAAAAACAAGCAGCUAUUAUUCGUGCCGAAGGUGAUGCUCAAGCUGCCGAAAUGAUUUCUUCAGCACUUGCCAAGGCCGGUGAAGGUUUCAUUGCCUUUAGAAAGAUUGAAGCUUCAAAGGAUAUUGCACAGACAUUAUCACAAACCUCCAAAGUGGCUUAUUUACCUAGUGGCAAGGGUGAAGGCUCUAACUUGCUUUUGAAUGUUGGAAAUGCUUAA